ACGAUAAGUUUGGCAAAACUGCCAGCAUUGUUAAUUUUGGUGACAUGAUACAGCUUACCAUUGAAAUGACAGAAAGGAAAGAUAUCUAUUCUAGUAUCAAGGUAUUGAUGUGUCUUGCGUCCAGCAAACCCCUACUGAACGAUCCGAGAGGUAAUGUGAUGCUUCUCAUGGAAGAAGGAUGUCCCGUAUCUGACAACAUCGCCCAUUUUACGGCGGAUCCGACAGACAAGAGAAUAGUCUCUACAAGCCUGUUCCCCAUUGUGGCUUUCGAUGGUUCGGAAGUCUUCUACCACUGUGCCGUUAGUGUUUGCCGAUGGGAUGACGACUGUGCGCCGAGUACGUGCAGAGUUCGAAGGUCAGUUGUUCAGGAGUAUGGGCAGAAUGACGGAGCAUUCAAAUACGGUGACUCUGAUGUGUAUUCUAUAAUCAGUCCCGUCAUUAGGGUGAGGAGGAGCUCGGGCCAAGGGACUGAUGAGACUGGGGCAAAAUAUAAAGAAUGCACCGAUUUCUUUGGCAUGGGCCUAUGCAAGAAAUCGACCGGAGACAUCAUAAGUGUGACGAUGAUAGGGGGCGUGGCUUGUCUUGUCAUCGUCAUGCUCUUGGGCGUCACGUAUUGGUACUGGCGGAAAACUGGCACUCUUGAAAUGGAACAACUUCUGGAAGAAGACGACUUCGCUGAUGGUGCGUCGAGUUUUAUUGAGAUGUACUUACAAGGCCUGGACCCAGGAAUACCUGAUUUUAUCGAUGUGACUGAAAUGGACCCUGGUUCAUCAGAAGUUUUUGAUGGAUACGAGGACGACAUGAGAUUUUGA